UGAAGAAGAAUGGCUCCUGGAAAUGGCUCUUUUGUGAAUGAAUUCAUUCUGAUGGGGCUAACAGAUUGGCCAGACCUCCAACUUCCUCUCUUCUUUCUAUUUCUGGGAAUGUAUAUGGUCACUGUGUUGGGAAACCUGAGUUUGAUAACUCUAAUUGGCCUGAAUUCACACCUUCACACCCCCAUGUACUUUUUCCUCUUAAACUUGUCCUUCAUUGACCUCUGUUACUCUUCUGUGUUUACACCCAAAAUGCUGAUGAACUUUGUAUUAGAGAAGAAUGUUAUCUCUUACAUAGGAUGCAUGACCCAACUCUACUUUUACUGUUUUUUUGUAAUUUCUGAAUGCUAUGUGUUGAUGUCAAUGGCCUAUGAUCGCUACGUAGCCAUCUGCAACCCACUUUUGUACAACACAGCCAUGUCCACUAAGGUGUGCUCCAACCUCAUGCUUGGUUCAUACUUGAUGGCAUUUUCUGGUGCCACGGCCCACACUGGAUGCAUGCUGAGACUGACCUUCUGUGAUGCGAACACCAUCAACCACUAUUUCUGCGACAUCCUCCCUGUGAUGCAGCUCUCCUGCACCAGCACCUCUGUUAAUGAGUUGGAGGUUUUCAUUGUGGCGGGCAUCAACAUCACUGUGCCCAGUCUCACCAUCAUUAUUUCCUAUGGCUUCAUCAUUUCCAGCAUCCUCCACAUAAGCUCCACAGAGGGCAGGUCCAAAGCCUUCAGCACCUGCAGUCCCCACAUAAUUGCUGUUUCUCUGUUCUUUGGAUCAGGUGCAUUUAUGUAUCUGAAACCAUCUUCUGCUGGGUCGAUGGAUGAAGGCAAAAUCUCCUCUGUCUUUUACACCAAUGUGGUUCCCAUGAUGAAUCCUUUGAUCUACAGCUUGAGGAACAAAGAUGUUAAAGUUGCCCUGAAGAAAACCCUGAGCAGGAGAAAGUUGUGA